AUGCAUGUCACUGGAGACUUCGUUGUGCCCGCAGGGGACCAGACAGUAGAAGUACGGAUCAUUGAUUCUACCACAAGGAUUGACAACCUGGAGUUGAGAGUCUUGAUGGAACCACCUAUCAAUGGGUUCCAUUAUAUGCCAACCAUGCCAUCGUGGUCAUUUUUGAUUGAACACCCUUCAGGCAAAAAGGCACUAUUUGACCUCGGGGUCUCGAAAUCAUGGAAGUCAUUUCCUCCUGCCGCUGUUGGACAUAUUGAUGGUCUUGGAUGGGAAAUCAAAGUCAAAGAAGAGGUCAUUGAUAUCCUUUCCCGAAAUGGAGUGCGUCCAGAGGAAAUAUCCAGCAUUAUUUGGAGCCACUGGCAUUGGGAUCACACUGGAGACCCCUCCAGAUUCCCUUCGACUACAGAGCUGGUAGUUGGCCCGGGUUUCAAAGAUGCAUUCCUACCUGCGUACCCAGAAGGCCAGAACUCUCCCAUUCGACAGCUUGAUAUCAUUGGGAGAUCAUUGCACGAGAUAAACUUUGAAAAGAAAGAUAUUCAGAUCGGUCGCUUUCGUGGCUUCGACUUCUUUGGCGACGGAUCCUUCUAUGUUCUCGAUACUCCUGGCCAUGCAGUUGGACAUCUAGCUGGACUUGCGCGAACUACUAGCAAUCCCGACACCUUCAUCUUCAUGAGCGGCGACCUGUGCCACCACAGCGGGGAAAUUAGGCCAUCGAAGCAUCUUCGCAUUCCUAAUGAAGUGCACCUAGCUACACCGCAGGCUGCUUUACCCUGUCCUGGAGCUCUUUACGAAAAUUUGCAGAUACAGCGACAGAGAUCUCCAGAUGAGCCAUUCUUUGAACCCUUGAUGGGUCUAGAUAUACCCGAGACGAUCAAGACGAUCAAAAAAGCACAGGACGCGGAUAAGAGAGACAAUGUCUGGUUUAUAUAUGCCCAUGAUUCUAUAUUACAUGGAGUUGUCGAUCUCUUCCCUCAUCCAGCCAACCAUUGGAAAGAGAAGAACUGGAGGAAUCAGACGUUAUGGGCAUUCCUGCGCGACUUCGAAGCGGCCAUCAACAAAUAA